GAGACGAGGAGUCAGACUCAGGAGUUAGGAAGAACAGCAGUCCUUGUAGCCAAGCUUACGAUCGACUUCAGUGAAUAGGUGAAGUCCUGUGGCUCUACAGGAAUUCACUGCACAAAAAUAUUCUGAACAUUUACCAGCAUCUUUGAGAGAGGAGCACACCUCAUCACAUGUCAGGAUCCAAAAAGAUGGAAGCCAGAAAUAACUCCCAGCUCCUGGUAUCACUGAUGCUUCUUAGUGUCUUUUGCUCACAAACACUGGCAUUACCUCUUGAAAUAUAUUCUACCCUGAGGCAGGGCAAUGAUGUGCUCUUUGAUGGCCCUAAUGAACCUGACCAAAAUCUAGUUUUAUUAAAAUUAGAAAAUGAUCGUCUGAGGAGUGCAUUGCCUGCAAAUGGCUUGUCUUCUUUGGAUGUUCUCAGAGCCUUGAACAGCAACAUUCGUAACCUAGAAAAACGUCACUCUGAUUCAGUCUUCACUGACAGUUAUACCCAAUUCCUGAGGAGGGAGGCAUUAAGAAAAUAUUUUGAAAAUGCUUUUAAUGGAAAGAGAAGUGAAGAAAAUCCCCCUGCUUCAACAUCUUGAAAGUGAUACUCUAGAAGUAGAGCUGAUGCAUUGCUUCCUAAUGAAUUCUUUAAAGAAAUCUAUGAUGAACAAAUUGAAUAUUUUUUGAGUUCUAUGAAAAUCUAUCAAAGAAUAUCUUCAAUAUCAAAACCAAAACAAAUAUAUGUUGUAGUGAAAGUUGUGCUUUAUUUGUUUCUCAUGUAAUAAAAGUGAUGUAACCCUGUAAAUAUCAUUUUAGAGAUCUUUAUCUAAAUCUUAUCUUCAAAUUAUAAAAGCCCCAUUGCUUCAUAUGCUAUGUAUUCUUUAUUUAAAUAAAUGCAUUGAAAAAAAGGAAGUGCACACUGGGAUUCAAUACUCCAUUGUCCCUGACUUUUUAGAAGGAUGGCUAAAAAAUAUAUAAAGAAGGAACUGUGUUGUGAUGGUUAACUUAUAGACCAUUCAUAAUUCAUGAGUGCAACUAAAAUUAUUCCAUCCAAAAAGAAAACUAAUAUAUUCCCUCAUGUUCAUGGAACCUUUUUAAAAUUCCAACUCUAAAAUGCAACCUUCAUUAGAACAUCAUUAGAAACUAUCCACACUUGGCUUUAUAAUUUCCAAAACAUGAAUAUGCAUUGGAAAAGAUUCAUUUUUGAUUUGGGAGCUUAACUCUAUGUAGCUCUGGGGUAUGUAAUUCUCACUCUAUUCUGUGUUUGUGAAGAUGUGCAAUGAUAUUGAGAUAGAUGUGUUGCUUUAUAGGAGCAAAGUUUUUUCCAUCAACACUCAGUAUAGGUCAUCAAUGACAUCAGCAGCUUUAUAAAGAAGGUAGAUCCAGAGAUAAAAAUAUUUUUUUCCAAAAUGAAUGUAACUAACAAAAUGAAGACAAUAAAGACAUUUGAUUUUCA